GCGCCCUGGUCCGCGUGUGGGCAGCGGCAGCAGCUGGGUGUCCGCCGCCUUGCUGAGGCGGGGCCCACGGCCGCACUUUCCCGGUGUGUCGCCUCCCUAGCUCCGGUGGCGCUGCGUGACAUCCGGCGGGGCUCGUGGCACACCUAGGACCGCAGGCUCCCACCCCCAGCCAUGUCCACCGUGGAGGCCAUGGCCACGGCCGACGCCGCCGAGGCGGGAGGCAGGACGAAGUCCAGCAGUCCCCGCACGAUCCCGGUGAUUGGGGUGGUGACCCCGCAUGAGGAUAUGCAGGGUGUUUUCAAGCCUAUGGACCUUAAUCGUAUCAUCAAACUUCUUGAAGAGAAUGAUAAGGAUGACUUAGAAGAAAAACAACUUAAUAGUGUCAUGAAAAUGGUACAUUGUUAUCAGAAUGGAUUUCCUCUAAGGGAUCUGGCACAGGUGUUUAAAAUCCUGGGUCUGUGUGCAGAAAAAAUUGAAAAGCAGCCCUGUUUUGUGGAACCUGCAUCUGACCUUAUAAAACUGUGCGGCUUGCCAUUUUUGAAAAAGAAAGUAUCAGAUGAAAUAACUUAUACUGAAGACACUGCUAAUUCACUUGCUCUUCUGGGUGAACUGAUGAAAAUACCGAGUUCUAAAUUAAGGAUCCAAAUUUGUAAGUGCAUCGUGGACUUCUAUCAUGCUGAGCCUCCGAAGAAGCACAUUCCAGGCUACCAGCAGGUGAGCUCAUCGUACAAGGUGAAGAUGGCUGAAGUUGGAGGACUGGCAGAAGCCAUGGUCCAGUCCGUGCUCCUGAUCGAAAACCAGCUUGUUGAGAAGCUGUGGGUUCUUAAAGUUCUCCAGCAUCUCUCGACUUCCGAAGCUAAUUGCACUUUAAUGGUGAAAGCCCAAGCUGCUGGCAGAAUCUGUGCUCACCUCAAUGACCCAGAUCCUUCAGGACAGCUUCUAUUUCGUUCAUCAGAAAUACUUUGGAAUUUGUUGGAAAAAUCCUCAAAAGACGAAAUUAUACAACAGCUUAGUAACUUGGAAUGUCUGCUGGCUUUGAAGGAAGUAUUUAAAAAUCUGUUUAUGAGGGGCCAUAGUCAUUACGACCGUCAGCUUAGAAAUGAUAUAUUAGUUAUCACUACGAUUAUAGCUCAGAACCCUGGAGCACCAAUGAUUGAAUGCGGCUUUACCAGGGAUUUGAUACUGUUCGCAACGUUUAGUGAAGUUAAAAGUCAAAACCCUUUGGUAAAAGGUCUUAAGCUUUCUAAUUCCUAUGAAGACUUUGAGUUGAAGAAAUUGCUAUUCAAUAUAAUUGUGAUCUUAUGUAAAGAUUUAACUACUGUUCAGCUAUUAAUCGAUGGCAAAGUUAUUUUGGCCUUGUUAACCUAUGUGAAAAAGCCCGAGAGACUCAAGAUUAUCGAGUGGUCUGCAGCACAGUAUGAAGAACUACAACUGCAUGCAAUAGCCACCUUGUCCUCAGUGGCUCCUUUGUUAAUAGAGGAGUAUAUGUCAUGCCAGGGCAAUGCUCGAAUCCUUGCGUUUCUGGAAUGGUGUGACCACGAGGAUUCCUUCUUCAUUCACGGUAACAGUUUUCAUGGGACAGGCGGCCGUGGAAACAAGUUUGCCCAGAUGCGGUACACCUUGCGGCUCCUCAGAGCCAUGGUUUAUCUUGAAGAUGAGACUGUGAACACGGAUCUCUGUGAAAGGGGGGUUAUUCAUCAACUGAUAGGAAUCUUUAAAAAUAUGGCAAGCAAACAUGAUGAAAAGGAAGAGGCAAUUGCUUUGGAGAUCCAGUCUGACACAUUGCUCAUCUUGUCGGGGCUCUGCGAGCAUUACAUUCAAUGGAAGGAAAUGUUUGGAACUGAAGGAGUUGACAUAAUUCUUCAUGUAAUGAAAACAGACCCCAAGAAGUUACAGAGUGGCUUAGGCUACAAUGUCCUUCUCUUCAGUACUUUAGACAGCAUUUGGUGCUGCAUUUUGGGAUGCUAUACUUCUGAAGAUUAUUUUCUUGAAAAGGAAGGAAUUUUUCUCCUUUUGGAUAUAUUGGCAUUGAACCAAAAAAAAUUCUGUAAUCUGAUCCUUGGAAUAAUGGUUGAGUUUUGUGACAAUCCCAAAACGUCUGCUCACGUCAAUGCUUGGCGAGGGAAGAAAGACCUCACCGCUGCUAGUCUCCUAAUUAAACUGUGGAGGAAGGAGGAAAAGGAGCUGGGAGUCAAACGGGAUAAAAAUGGCAUGAUUGUUGAUACAAAGAAGCCGCUAUUUACUAGUUUUCAAGAAGAGCAGAAGAUCAUGCCCCUCCCCGCCAACUGCCCAUCUAUUGCAGUUAUGGAUGUCGCUGAGAACAUCAGAGCAAAAAUCUAUGCUGUGUUGGGAAAACUGGAUUUUGAAAACUUACCUGGCCUAUCUGCUGAAGAUUUUGUCACCCUCUGUAUAAUACAUAGAUACCUUGAUUUUAAAAUUCAGCAUGGACUAGCCUUCAGUAUGACUGUAAGGAGCAAUAGCAUCAAUGCCUCAGAAGGCCAAGCAGUUUCUGCAGCUGUGAGGGGAAGUAACUAUAAACCAGAAUUCUCAGAUGGAGCUGGUGUCCGAGAAAUUGGAGAAAUAUGGAAUGAAGUAUGUGAAGAAAUAAAAUUGGAAAAAUUAAAACUAGUUACUUCCGAUAAAUUGUCUUUGGAGUCUAUUACAGCAGCAACAGAAAAUAUUGGAAAGAUGGUCGCUUCCCUGCAAAGUGAGAUGAUUGAAAGCCAAGCACGCCAAGAUGUGCAAAAUGAGCAGAGAGUAUACGCAAAAAUACAGGCCACACAUAAGCAGAGAGAACUGGCUAACAAAUCAUGGCAAAACUUCCUGGCCAGAACAUCAAAUGCUAAAACAUUAAAGAAAGCAAAAAGGCUCCAGGAAAAGGCUAUAGAAUCCUCCAAAUACAGUGAACGGCCACAAAAUGCAAUAUUUCACCAAACAGUUAUUAAAGGUCUUAACACAACGGUCCCUUCUGGUCGGGUGGUGACAGUGGAAAGCACUCCUGCCCGGUUACUGGGCGGACCUCUGGCUGACACAGACAUUGCUCUGAAAAAGCUGCCUAUUCGAGGAGGAGCUUUGCAGCGGGUGAAAGCGAAGCCCCUGAGUGAGCCAAAAAAGAACGCCCCUAUGUGACGUGCUUCAGAACCUUUCUGAAAUAAAUUCUACUUACCAUUUUUCUGCUAAAUGUAUAUUUGUAUACAAUUGUAAGGCAAAAAUUUAGAAUAAAUAUUUUAGUAAAAUAUUAUAAAAUUAAAGUCAGGAUAAUACAGUUUAUUUUUAUGAAAAACAUCAACAUAUCUAUCAGAAAAGUGGUCAUCACUCUCUUUGGAAAAACUGUUGGUCCCUUAACUGAAAUUGUAAAGUUUGUUUAUCAGUUAGGACAUUUGGCUAUAUAUCAGCUACUUCAAAUAGUCUACCAUAAAGGACAUUUUUAUGGACUUUGUAGCUACAAAGUCCUUCCUGAGUAACGUAGACUGUGGGCCCUGUUGGAUCAAAGGCUGACACUGACUCAGGUUUCCUUCCGUCGGUCCUCCUUACAUUCUUCUGAUGGAGAAGAGUGGGUGCAUUUUCUCAACAAUUUGUGCAGCGCACUCCGCAUCUUGGGAUCCUUGAUUGGUCAAAUGACAACUGUGGAGCUCUUCACCUUGAAGUUGGCCAGAUCUGAGUACUCCUUGCUCUUGGAGCCAUAAACAGUCCAAAAUCAUCUAAAAUUCCUAGAUGGAGUCAGGAAUCAAGGUGCUAUCAUCAGACAGAUACAUGAACACCAGGAGCAACAAAAAUAUG